CCCAAUCGCAAAAACAAAAGAGAGUGCAGCAGAAGGAAAAGAAGGAGAAGAAAGGAGCUGGAGUUUGAGCAGUGUGGAAGGGCUCUUGCAAAUGAGCCAUCCAGAUCCUGGAAACGGAGAAGGAGGCUUGAGCAAGACCCUUGAUCUCCAGGUUGGUGUAUUUUGGGAGACAAUGGAAGUUGCUGCACAGCACAACGCAGAUUUUCUUGACAUGGCAGUCAAGCUGGAACAAAAAGAAAAACCAUGCAGCCUGCAUGAAGAAGAAUGUCACACCUCCCCAGGGACCAGUUCAGGGUUUCCAGAUAUUACUGUCAAGUUAAAGGAAGAGGACGAUGAAGAAGAGAAACCUUGUGGCUUGCAUGAACAGAAAUCUGAGACCAUCCCAGGGACCGACUCAGGAUUUUAUGAUGUGACGGUGAAACUGGAAAAAGAAGAGCAGCCAGGUGACUUACCUCAGCAGGAAUCUGAAACCUUCCCAGGGACCAGUUUAGCAAGCAGGGAACCAGCAGGAUUUCCUGACACUGUAGUAAAGGAAGAGGAGGAAGGGGAGUCAUGCAACCAGGGAUCCGAGGACAUUGCUGGUGUCCAGUCAGCUCAUACCUGGACAAAAACAAAGAUAAGUACCAUACCAGAUCUUGUCAGACACCAGCAAAUCCAUACAAAAGAGGGAAGUUCUACCAAAGAGAAAGCCUACAAAUGUGCAGUGUGUGGGAAACAUUUUGCUCAAAAGAUGCUGCUUACAUAUCACCAACAGAUCCACAUAGGAGAGAAACCAUACAAAUGCCAGGAGUGUGGGAAAUGCUUUGCUCACAAUUCACACCUUGGGAGCCACCAGAAAGUCCACACAGGACAAAGACCAUAUAAAUGCCAGGAGUGUGGAAAAUGUUUUACCCGCAAUUCACAACUUGUGAUGCAUCAGACAAUCCACACAGGAGAGAAGCCACACAAGUGCCAAGAGUGCGGGAAAUGUUUUGCUCGGAUCUCAAGCCUCGUGAUCCACAGAAGGGUUCACACAGGAGAGAAACCAUACAAAUGUCAGGAGUGUGGAAAAUGCUUUGCUCAUGGCUCGCACCUUGUGAUGCAUCAGACGGUCCACACAGGAGAAAAACCACACAAAUGCCAAGAGUGUGGGAAAUGUUUUGCUCGUAUUUCAAACCUUGUGAUCCAUCAGAGAGUCCACACAGGAGAGAAACCAUAUACAUGCCAGGAAUGUGAGAAAUGUUUUGCUUACAAGUCAGAUCUUGUGAAACAUCAGAGAGUCCACACAGGAGAGAAACCAUAUAAAUGUCAGAAAUGUGGGAAAUGCGUUGCUUUCAUCUCAGCCCUCAUGAGUCAUGAGAGAGUCCACACAGGAGAAAAACCUUAUAAAUGCCAAGAGUGUGGAAAAUGUUUUGGUCAAAACUCACAUCUUGUGAAGCACCAGAGAAUCCACACAGGAGAGAAACCGUAUAAAUGCCAGGAGUGUGGAAAAUGUUUUCCUGGCAGUUCACAACUCGUAACCCACCAAAGAGUCCACACAGGAGAAAAACCAUACAAAUGCCAAGAAUGUGGAAGAUGUUUUGCUCAAAAUUCAAUACUUGCCAGGCACCUGAAGGUCCACACAGGAGAGAAACCAUACAAAUGUCAGCAAUGUGGGAAAUGUUUUCCCUGUAAUUCAGAACUUGCCACCCAUAAUAGAGUCCAUACAGAAGAGAAGCCAUACAAAUGCCAGGAGUGUGAGAAAUGUUUUGCUUAUAGGUCUGACCUCGUGAAACACCAGAGGGUCCAUACAGGAGAGAAACCUUACAAAUGCCAAGAAUGUGGAAAAUGCUUUUUUUUCAGUUCAGCCCUUUUGAGCCAUGAGAGAGUUCAUACAGGAGAGAGGCCAUACAAAUGUCAGAAGUGUGGGAAAAAUUUUGCUUAUAAUUCACAGCUUUCCAGGCAUUUGGAAGCCCACACAGGAGAGAAAUCAUUCAAAUGCCAGUAGUGUAAGAAAUGUUUUGCUUCCAGUUCUUUCCUUGUAAGCCACUAGUAUGUCUAUAUAAAGAAAAAAGCAAUGCUGACAUUAAGAAGUCCUAUAGGUAGAGAAAAGCAAAGAAGAAGUGAAGCCCCCAAAUUGUUUUGCAGUGUACAAUAAAUCCACCACAACAUAUGAACUAGCAAAGAUGUAUCAUGGACAUGACAGCAUAUGUAUCCAUAAUCCAGUAAUAAUGAUGAUGAACACUAGUACAAACUAAGUUCAAUAAAACAGUCUUAUAUAAAUUAAGUCUGAACUUCAGAAAAAUUCUACUCUAAUCCAGAAUGAUGUUGGCUUGCAAAAUUUUUGGAAGAGAAUUAGUGUGUUUAGCUAAACAUGUUUUCACCCAUUUGUGUAUUCCCAUGAAUUCAAGAGAGAUUUUGAAAAGAGGAAAUGAAAGAUCCUCAUCAGUCUCCAGCCAUUUGAAAGGAGAUUAGGAUACAAUCCUGUUUCAUGGUUCAAACUUAUUUGGUUUCAUGUACAAAUCACAUUUUUUUGCCAUUCUACACAGAAUGCUUUGCUAUACAUUACAAUGUAGUUUGAGGUUGUCACUCUGUUGCAUAGUUUCCACACAGAAGAUAAAAACCAUGCAUAUGACGGUUGUGGUCAUGUUUUUAUUCAGUAUGCACACUUUUUAAAGCAUCAGAAUAUCCUCAGUAGAGAAAUCAUUCAAAUACCAAGCCUAUGAGAAAUAGUUUGUUUACAAUAUGAGGACUAUGUGAGCAUUUGGAAACCGAUCCACAGGGAAAUGAGAUUAUGAAUGUCAGAAGUGUGUGAAAUGUUUUGAUGGUAAUUUGCAUAUAAGAAACCAUUAUUCUCAUAGGAGAG